UCGCAGUGCAACACCGGCCCCGUCCAGUGCUGCCAGAGCGUCCAGUCCUCUGGCGAUCCCGGCAUGACCCAGCUCCUCGGCCUGCUCGGCAUCGUCCUCGACGGUCUGAACGUGCCCAUCGGUCUUACGUGCUCGCCCAUCAACGUAGUCGGCCUGGGACAGGGUGCUAGCUGCCAAGCCAACCCGGUUUGUUGCGAGGACAACUCGAGUAAGUGGCUUCACUCGCUCGUCUCCGUCGGUUGCGUCCCGGUCAACCUG